UACAUUGAAUUGUACUUAGUACCACUACUGACAAGGAAAAAGUUAGUUACGAAAUAUUAUAAAGUAUUAAAAAGUGUGUAGGAUGUAAAUUUUCGCUAUAUAAUGAAUUGUAUAUUAAUAUGUUAAACGAUUAUUUUUGGAUACAUACUCUAUAUAUAAUCACGUAUAUUAAGAGCUUAUAAAGCAAGAAAUUUUUUAUGUGAAAAAUGAGUUCUGGGUUCAUAUCAGAAGCUGAAAUAGCAGAGCAAAGGAGAAUAAGGCAAGAAGAAUGGGACCGUGUACGAACAGCUGACCAACCUUUAGAACCUCCUGAAGAAUCAUAUGAUCCUAGGUCUUUGUACGAAAGGUUGCAAGAACAAAAAAACAAAAGAGAUGCAGAAUAUGAAGAAGCGCAUAAACUUAAAAAUAUGAUAAAAGGAUUGGAUGAUGAUGAAGUGGAAUUUUUAGAUUUGGUUGAUAGAACUAAAUUAGAGGAAGAACGUAAAAAAAAUCUUGAAGAAGAAAAAGAAAUGCGUGACUUCAAAGCUGCUGUUGCUUCAUUACAAGAAAAGUCAUUAGAUGAAAGAUUAAAACAAGAAUUAAAAAAACCUCAGGUUAUCAACAAGAAUAUUUGUAGUAGCAGUGGUCGUAAUUCACAGUUAAAACUAUUGGCAGGUGUAGUUGUGAAAAAAUCAGAAAAACCAAAGUUAAGUGAAAACAAGGGUAUCAAAAGAAAAUUGUCUUCACCAGAACCAGAUAAAUCUUUAACAAAGGAAGAUGAUUCUCAUUUACAAUAUCCACAGAUACUAAAUGCAGAAUCAAAAUAUGUGCUUGUGGAAAACAAAAAUUCAUGCUUAUCUAACACAAUGAUAAAUCAUACAGGAGGAAUGAAAUGUAUUGGUAUUUUACCAGGACUUGGUUCUUAUGAUGAUUCGAGCGAUAGUGACUGUAGUUCGGAUACUGAUCAAGAUCCAGAGUUAAAUCAAUCUAAAUAUGAUCUUUUAGGACGUAAAAUAGAAGCUGCGAAAGAUAAGGAGAAAAGCUGAAUGGAAAAUAUAAGUAAUUUUUUAUUUUUUA